AUGGCUUCGCGAAACCCGCUUCUCUCCCUUCACCGUCGCUGUCGUGUUCAGCAUUUGUAUCAAUAUCAUUAUCCUGCCUCUCCCACAAAGAAUCUUCUAGCUGCGAACCAUCUCUUACGUUCAUUCAUCAGCCCCCAUCAGCAGCGGAAAAUGGGGUCGACUGCCGGAAAGAAGAAUGAGUAUUUGGUAAUUGUGCCGGAUAAGAAGGGGUCAUUGCAGAGGAGAAUAGAUGUUCGAAAUGUUCACCUCGCCAACAUUAAACCAGAAGUAGACUCCGGAUUUCUCAAACUUGGAGGAGCAUUGCUUGAAUAUCACCCUGAAGAGGGACAGACACCCCCCAUGAAAGGGAGUGUGUUGAUCGUAGUUUCUGAGUCCCCUGAAGCUGUGCGAGAGCAAUUGUCAAAGGAUAUCUAUGCAACGUCAGGAGUGUGGGAUAUUGACAAUAUGCAAAUUACUCCGUUUAAAUCCGCUAUACGGCUCCCGCUGUAA